CCGGGGGGCGGGUCCUCGCCCAUCCCCCACGUGGCCAGUAGGGGUGCGGGUGAUGCCCGCUGGCGAUUACCACGUGUUGCGGUGAUUCCGGGCUGUCGUCUUUAGACGUCUCUGACUUCCCCGGCCUGUGGGUCCGCUGCUUGCAGAGAUGCCGAAGAUCAAGUCAGGGGCGAGCGGCCGCCGGCUCCAGCGUCAACAACAGCGCCGGGAGCUGAAGAGUGCCGGAGGACUCAUGUUCAACACGGGGAUUGGGCAGCACAUUUUGAAAAAUCCUCUCAUUGUUAACAGCAUUAUCGAUAAGGCUGCCUUAAGACCAACUGAUGUGGUGCUGGAAGUUGGCCCUGGAACUGGCAAUAUGACUGUGAAGUUGCUAGAAAAGGCAAAAAAGGUAAUUGCCUGUGAACUUGACCCACGGCUAGUAGCUGAACUUCACAAAAGAGUUCAGGGCACACCUCUGGCUAGCAAACUUCAAGUAAUGGUGGGUGAUGUGUUGAAAACAGAUUUGCCAUUCUUUGAUGCUUGUGUGGCAAACUUGCCUUAUCAGAUCUCAUCUCCUUUUGUCUUCAAGCUGCUGCUGCACCGACCUUUUUUCAGAUGUGCUAUACUUAUGUUUCAAAGAGAAUUUGCUCUCCGACUGGUUGCAAAACCUGGGGAUAAAUUAUACUGCAGACUCUCAAUUAAUACACAGCUGUUGGCACGUGUGGACCAUCUAAUGAAAGUUGGAAAGAAUAACUUCAGACCUCCACCCAAGGUGGAAUCCAGUGUUGUAAGGAUAGAACCUAAGAAUCCACCACCACCUAUCAAUUUUCAGGAAUGGGAUGGCCUAGUAAGGAUCACCUUUGUUAGGAAAAACAAGACGUUGUCUGCUGCAUUUAAGUCAAGUGCAGUACAACAGCUAUUGGAAAAAAACUACAGAAUUCACUGUUCAGUCCAUAAUACUAUAAUACCAGAAGAUUUCAGCAUAGCAGAUAAAAUACAGCAAAUCCUAACCAGCACAGGUUUUAGUGACAAACGGGCCCGUUCCAUGGACAUAGAUGACUUCAUCAGAUUGCUACAUGGAUUCAAUACAGAAGGUAUCCAUUUUUCUUAGGUAUCUGGAAAAGAAUUUUCAAACUCAAGAAAAGAAUUACAUUCUUAAUAAUUUGAGAAGAUGAAUUAUGUAUGCUUGGACACUUUGUGCUUGACUAUUUUUGAUUUAGUAUUACUAAUGCUGUCACCAUUUAUUACUUUGAAUUUUUAAGGUAGUAAGUCUAAGUAUCCAAGGUUUUUUUGGUUUUGAUUUAAUAUAUAGCAGAGAGCAGGGUCCAAUUUAUACCUGAUAAUCUUCAAGUUCAAGAGCCGCAGACACGCACAACUUUACACUUAAAAGUUAUCAUUUCUAAGUUUAUUAUAUAGAGAUGUUAUAUUUUCUGUUAUAUAUCUGGGAGUACCUUUUUAUGCUUUUAACUCUUUAGGCCUUUGUCCUUCAAGUCAUAAAAACAGUUAAAAUAUAAGCAUAUUUAGUCACAUA